AUGGAAUUGAGCUUUUACAUUUUUUUCUUAAUAUUUUAUUUUUUUCUAUGUAUGUGCAAUGGCAAAAAAGUAUUGUUCAUUAAUAUUUUAAAUGGAAUUAAUGUUAGUUAUAAUAAAAAACAUAUAAAUAAGAGCAUUCCUAAUCAUGAGUAUUUUUCAAAUCAAGCAAUAUUUUUGAAUAAAAAUGCAGCACAGCAAAAUAAAACAAUAGAAACUUCCCCCAUAAAAACUGAUGAAGAAAAUGAAAAUAAAUUAAAACAGUAUAUAUAUACGUUGUCGCAUUUAACUAUUUUUGAUACAGAUCGAGAAAAAGAUAUCUCUUUAAAUAUUUCUUUAUUGAUAAAAGCUUGUUUAGCCUCUCAUAAUUACAUUAAGAAUGUUGAAAUAUAUACUUCUGAAGUUCAAAAUAAAGAAGUAUGCUCAUUUAUAUACGAAAAUUCAAAAGAUUUUGAAAAUUUUUUUAAUAUACAUAUCUCAAAAUAUAUGGAAUUUUUUGAUAAUCCUAAGAUAGAUGAAACAUUAAAAUCAUAUAUUAAUGAUAAAAAUUUAUAUGAAAAUGAAUUAGUUAUUUAUAAUAAAAUAAAUAAAAAUACUAAGUUAAGAAAAGAUGUUUUACAAGAUAUCUUAUUUGAAUGUAUUAGAACAAAUAGAAUUAUUCAAUAUUCUCUUGCAGUAAAUAAAUUUAACUUGUUUUCUUAUCAUAUAUUAUCAAAAGUUUUUAUGUAUUUUAAAACUGAUGAUUUUUAUUAUCAUGUAUUUUUAGAUAAUAUAAAAAAAAUAAAAUAUUAUUAUACAACAAAAAAUAUAAAAGAUGAAGAUAAAAAAAAAAUAUAUAGUGUUAUAGACAAUUAUAUAUACAUUCUAAAUUAUAUGAAUGAAAUGUAUGAAAAUAGAAAUACUUUAUAA